AUGGGCUUGGAGAGCGUCCUGCCUGGUGCAUACCUCUGCAGUGUCACAGUUGUCGUGCUUUGCUCUUCGCCGGGGCUGCUCAUGAAUCAGGCGUUUCAGGAACAGAAAUCUGAGCUGCUGCGUAUCUGCUCUGCUGACGAUGUGGAGUGUCUGCAGUACCAUCUGAGAGCUGCUUACGGGCAUCAUCCCUCCGCCGGGCCCCUCCCCUCGUAUGCCCAUCUGGGCUGCGACCCCAAGAAAGACCCGUCCUGCAAACCCAAACUGGUGCAAAAGGCUCCCUCCGGUCUGUACACGCAUUACCCCAACUGUGACCCGCUGAGGGAUCCCUACUGCGCCUACGCCGCCUCGCUCGUGGCUCCCCGUGCUCCCAGCCCCCCCAGCCCUGCCGGCCCUGGAUCCUGCAACCCUCUUUUUGAAGAUAACUGCAAUCCUCUUACCGCCACCAGAUUUGCUUCACCCCCAGAAGCGUACAAAAGUGAGGAAAGGGAGGAGGCUGCUGCCAUCCGCGCCGCGCCUCCCGCUGCCGAGCAGAACGACCCCUAUGCCAUGUUCAGGGAUGCUUAUGCGAAUGCUAAUGCCAACAGAGUUACAGACCCCUAUGCCAUGUACCGCCAGGCUCCUCCCCCGCCAGAGUCCCGGCCGGCCGCUGAUCCGUACUCCGUUCUGCAGCAAUACAUGGCUCAGGCUCAGGAUAAUGACCCGUAUGCUCCACGCAUGGAUGCCGCUCCACGCAUGGAUGCCGCUCCACGCAUGGACGCUGCUCCCGAGUCCAACCCCAACGAUCCUUUCUCUGCCCUCCGCGACGCGUUCGCUGCCAUGCAGCGUCAGCCCCCGUCGGCGCCAAGACAGCAGCACCCCUUCUCCAGUCCCACCUUCGAGGAGCCGGCCCAGGACGAGCGCCACCCACUGGGUCCGCCAGGUAAAACCAAGGAGGGCUACGAUUGCUUCAUCGGUUACGAUCGCGACUGCCACCCGUUGAAGCCUAGCGAGCCCCGCGCCGCAGGUCACCGCCGCGCCCCCGCCCCCGUCCCCGUCCCCGCCGAAGCCUACGAGCCCCACCUGAACACCGACGGCACCCGCAGCGGAGUCCGGGAGCCGGAGAACCCUCACUGCGACCCGGAGUACGACCGCGACUGCCGCCUGCGCCGCUACGAGUCGGAGCAGGCCGAGGCCGAGCCCGAGCCCCAGCCGGAGGAGCGCCAGGCGCCGGCGGAGGGCGAGCAGCAGGAGCAGGAUCCGUACGAGGCGGAGCCGUACCAGAGCGGCCAGGAGGAGCCGCACAUGCCCUACCAGCCCUUCUCGCAGGGCAUGCCCAGCCUGCAGGACAUACUCCGGCUCUACGGAGACCGCUUCCCCGAUCAGGACGAUCACAGAGCUUACUCAGGCGACUACCGUAAAAAGUAAUCACGUAAAACACCAGCGCCUGCAGUCGGACAUGAACAUGCAGUCCCACGCGUUCUUCAGUCUUUGAACGCCUCAUGCAGUAACAACCAGUCCUAACUGGUCUAGAAACGGGACAUGAUGGGUCAAAAUAUCUCCUCUUACUGAUGGAGUAUGCUCAGAAACAUUUAAGAAAAACAAACCCUCUGCUUUGUAUGAAUUUAUUUACUUAAGACCGGUUUUGUGCUUUUCUUUUUUUCCUCCUCAAACCUCCUCUAAGCUUUCAAACGUGUAAUGGCUUAAUCCCCGGCUUUGCCUCUCUCUACGUGCAUUUCAAUUUCUAUCUAAAAUUGCAUUUUAAUUUUGUUUGCUGCUUUUUUGUCAGUGAUGGAUUAUGUAAAGAUUUUCUCCCCCAUUUUGAAUGUUCUAAUAAUAAAAUAAAAAAGCCCAACAGAAA